AUGGAUGGAGUUUUUGAAGGGUUAGAUAGAGUUAAAUCAGAAUUAGAAAACCUGAAGGAAGAAUUCCGCGCCCAAGCUGAGCUGUCUGAAGGUUUCAGGAAAGCUUACAACGAGCAAGUAGUUAAAUUUCAAGAAGCCAAGCUGCAGAUUGAAAAACAGGCCCAUGAACUAAGUACCAAGUCGGAGGAAAUAUCUGAGCUGAGGCAGCUUUACAAGGACCUCAAAUCCAUUUUGCAACAUAAAGAAGCGCUUCUCAAUAACCUUAACUCUACAAAUGAAAAAAUUCGAGUUGAUUAUGAUGAGAGAAUUCAAAAGUUGGAUGGGAAAAACGAAGAGUUGGUGUUGGGCUUAGAUGGAGCAACAGCAAGAAUCCAAGAUUUGGAGAUAAAGAUUUGUGCCAGUAACAAGGAAAUUGAGGGUCUGAAAAGACUCGUAUCAGUUACACAGAAGAAAUGCCUUCAAGCAGAGCAAGAAGCAGAGUCAUCCAAAGAGCUAAAACACAGAGAUGAUAUAAUAGUGAAACUGGAGGAGGAAAACAGUACUGCACAAGAACAGCUGAAAUGGAAGAAUGAACAGUUUACACAUCUUGAAGAAGCUCACAAAAGGCUUCAAGAUCAGUUUCAGUUGGCCAAGGUGGAGUGGGAGAGGGAGAAAUCGGCACUGGUUGAAGAGAUUUGUUCAUUGCAAGGAAGCUUGGAUUCCCAAAAUAGAAUCUCAGAAAGCCUUCAGACCCAAUUGGGUAUGUGCAACCAGGCCCUAACUCAUGAAGAAAGCAGAAGAAAAGUUCUUGAAGUUGAGCUGUCUGAAUUCAGAUCACGUUAUAACAAUGUAUUUUUAGCGUGUCAAGAAGCAACAAGAAAGAUCAAACACUUGACAAUCGAGAGGGAUGAAGAGAUUGGAAAUCUAAGGAACUCUCUGGGAAGAAAGGAAACAGUGUCCAAAGAAAUGGAAUACAGAAUUGCACACCUGGAGCAAGAGGAUCAGGAAUUGCAGGGAUCUCUUAAAGAAUUUCAUGAGGCUCAAAUCAUAAAUGCUGUACCCUCUUCUUCAUUGAAAAACCUACAAACCAAGCUUCGAAAUUUAGAGCAGUUGAAUUGCAAAUAUUCAGCGAAUCUCAAAGAAAAAGAAGCUGCAUGGAGUUCUCAGAUUGAAAACAUGGCAAAGGAGAUGAAUUGCUACAUGUCUGAAUUGAAUGGUAAAGACAAACGAAUAAAGGAACUCCAGGAGGAGCUGGAAGGCUGUGAUGGUUUGUUGGAGGUUCAAGAUCAAGAGAUUUCUAUAGUAAUCAUCGUCCUAAAAUCAGAAUUCACUGCAGCUUACUCAAACCUGUUGGACAAACAAGUUGAAAUGGAGCUGAGCUACAAAGAGAUGGAUGAGAAGAUCUUGUAUCUAACGGAGCAAUUAGAGAUAAAUAAAUGUGAAUUACGUCAGAAACUGAAAUAUCAGGAGGAAGCCUUGUUUAAUUCGAAACAAGCAGAGAAGGUAGCAGUUUUAUUGCAAGCAAAGGAGCAAGAACUGGAAACAUUGAAGGCUCAAUUUGGGAAUGAAAAGAGGUGCUUCAAGGUUCUAGUUCAGGAGCUCGAGUUUGAGAAUAGAACCCUACUCGAAGACAGAAAGAAACUAUCUUUACAUAGGGAGGUUUUGUUAACUCAAAUGGAGAGAAUCUGUGAAUGGAUUGAUGAGUUCUCUGAAAAAGAUGUUGAACUUACGGGCAUUCUGGGGAAGAUAUUGCAAAAUUGUGAGCAUGCGAAUGCAAUUGAGAUGAAUUUGAUAGCCAGUGGUGAGCUUUAUGAUCCUAGUAGUAGGAUAGAAAGCACACUGCCUUGUCUCUCAAGAAAUGGGAUUGAAGAGAGUGUUGAGAAAAGGUCUCCAUUAACUGAGCUGAACCACCUGGUCCUCUAA